GUAGGCUGGGUUAAAGCCGAUACAAAAGCGAUUCAAGCAAUUCACGAUCACGUGAUUACGCACAACCCUAGAGUUAGUGUUUCUCACAAUGACCAUACAACGUGGAAUCUUCAUAUCAAAAACGUUCAAGAAGAAGACGGCGGGCAGUAUAUGUGUCAGAUCAAUACUGACCCCAUGAAAAGUCAGGUCGGAUACCUGGACGUGUCCGUGCCCCCGGAUUUUAUUCCGGAAGACACUUCGGGGGACGUGAUGGUCCCGGAAGGAGGAACCGUUAAGUUGACUUGUCGAGCUCGGGGACACCCAGACCCUCACGUGCAGUGGCGAAGAGAAGACGGCCAUGAUAUUGUUAUUAAGGAACCCACAGGACUCAAAACGACAGUAUCGUCCUACCAAGGCGAAGUGUUGAAAUUGUGGAAGAUAUCCCGGACAGAAAUGGGAGCCUACAUGUGCAUCGCAUCGAACGGGGUGCCUCCGACUGUUAGCAAAAGGAUUAUGGUCAAUGUUCAUUUUCACCCCGUCAUACACGUGCCUAAUCAACUAGUUGGAGCACCCUUAGGCACAGACGUCACUCUAGAAUGCAACGUGGAAGCGUAUCCGAAAUCCAUCAACUACUGGGUUAGAGAUACAGGAGAAAUGGUAAUAUCCAGUUCGAAAUUCGACGUGCAGGCAUCCAGCAAAUCCCUAUUCCACGUGAAAAUGACGGUGAUCGUAAGAAACCUGCAAAGAGACGAUGCCGGUUCGUAUCGCUGUAUCGCCAAAAACUCCCUCGGCGAGGUGGAGAGCAAUAUCCGACUGUACGAAAUACCAGGUCCAACUAGAGGAUAUAGUUUAUCGCUAGAUGAAGAAGACUACAACGACCAGUUUGGAUCCGCUGAAAAAGAACAAGAUGAAGAAAUAUCCAACAGUGUGUUGGAAAGAUCAAGAUCUGCGUCUCAGUACUCGACAGUUGAAACACCAUCAAGGGCCAACUACGUCGAUAGCCAGAACGUGGUGAUCGCAGUGCCAAGUGUGUCACCCUCGUCAGCCGCGUCGAUGCUACCAUCUCGUUUUGACAUGGCACGCUCGGUAGGAUUUGUCUUAACGCUGUCCCGAUUCCUCCCAGUGCAAUCGACGGGAUCGCUCAUUGUUGUUUUGGCGGCGAUUGUGGCUUUGUUCCCGUAUCUAAUGGCGACAAUGAUGUGACGAUUGACCGUUAAUGAGGGUUUCUUGUAGUGACAAUAAUAAGACAGAGAGACCUUUGGUCCUUGUUCCUUUUUUGAACGGUUUGUCUGCCAUUUUAUAUUAUUAACAGCUCUCCGUUGCUAAAAGAAAUUAACUGUUUUUUU